AGAACCCCUAGCUCUACAUCUACCUGUACAACAGGUUUUGCCAUAGUUCUGGAUCAUGAAGGUACAACUACCAGUCUGCGACUCCUUCGAAACAACGCUGUUAUGCUUUGAAGAUUGGAAAGAGCAACAGUGCGCAAGAGGAACCGUACAUACACGUAGCAACUAAAAGCAAAAAUGUCGAGUCUCACCGACGCGGUGGUCGGCCCCGAUGAAGGGGAUGCCGGUACAGCUACAGCGAUAUCUUCUUCACCGCAAGGUGCUGGAGCUAAGAAGCACUUGGAUGCCUGGGAGCAACGAAAGCUGACCAAGGUUCACGAGGAGCUUGUUUCCUUGAGGCAAGCGACAAACUUCUUACACCCGCUUCCAUGGCGCAGUGAGCACAGGCCUGCAGGUGUUGUAGACGUGGACUUGACCCUUCUUGGGCAAGAUCUGAAACAUGGAGACAUCGAGACUUCUGCCGAAUUUUGGGAGGAUUUGCACCUUCUGGUUCAUAAUGUGCAAAUAUUCGCUGAGUUCGAGUUAAAAGCACGAAGUAUCCUGACGCAAAAGGAAGCAGAAGCUGCAGAGCGAAUCAAUACAGUGGCGGCUGGAGGUGGAGAAAAAUGUAGUUUCUUUAGAACAGUAUUUCUCCUGAACGUCAACGUCAUGUCCACUCUAUUAUGUACUGGUACCGUUUUCUGUACUUAA